AUGGUCGCGACAUUGCCUCUCGACGAAGCUAGCUCGGAGACCCGAUCACGAGCAAUAAAACAUGUCACCCGGGCGUGUAGUAGUUGCCAGAAGCGCAAAACCAAAUGUGAUGGAUUAAAGCCUCAGUGUUCUGUCUGUGUGCUUUACAAACGGGAUUGCACCUAUUCACAACAGAUUGACAAGCGGAGAAUGGCAUCAAAAGGGAAAAUUUCGACAUUAGUAGCCUAUGUACAAGAUCUUGAGUCUUUGCUGCGACGUCAUAAUCUUGAAUUUCCACCCGGCCGGCCGGCGAACUUCUUACCUCCUUUGCCUACGUCUUCUCCUUCUGCGGUCGAUGCUGAACCAGAUACAAGCGAGCCACUUCAUGGCGUGGCUGAUGACACGGCAUCCAUAAUCAAACAAUCCAUCUUUACUGUGUCAAACGACAGUCCGGAGGAUACCCAAGAGCACUUGUCUAUCUCCGAAGAACCAUCAAACCAUGACAAUCAUUUAUCCGACCGCAUGGGAUCAUUACAGAUUGCAGAAGAUGGGCAGCUGAGACUUUUUGGGCCCACUUCAAAUCUUCAUAUAUCACAUGUUGGUCCCUUUCCACUUUUCAACUCAAAUAUUCGCUUGAUUCACUGGAAUGAGGCUCUCAUCCUUACAGCAGCUGGGGUCAAUAGUCAUGUUGAUCAAGAACUGGAGGAUCAUCUGACAAAACUAUACUUCGCUUGGGAAAAUCCAAAUAUCCCGUUAGUCGAUGAGAGGGCAUAUUAUCAGGGAAAAACUUGCUAUCGAAACCUCAAUCAACCGAAUCAUCGAUAUUCUGAGGUUUUAAACAAUGCUAUAUGUGCUGUUGGGGCUACUUUAACUUCUCGCUAUUGUCCUGAUCUACCAGAAUCCCUUGUUGAUUUCUUUGCGACAAGGUCCAAGGCCCUCCUAGAGGUUGAGAUGGACUCACCGACUCUAAGUACCGUCCAGUCUCUAGGUAUCUUAAGUGGGGUCGAGGCGCUUCUCACCAGAGAUGCUCGUGGCUGGCUGUAUAGUGGAAUGGCGAUGCGGCUUGCAACAGACCUUGGCCUCCAUAUCGAUGCCGCCCCUUUUGCUGAACGUGGCUUGAUAGACCUUGAAGAAGCUCGCCUCCGCAGCUCUACAUUCUGGGGCACUUAUGCCCAUGAAAGGAUGUGGAGCUUAUAUGUUGGACGCCCCGAAUCCAUUGACCACUUGGACAUUACUGUGCAACUUCCUUUCCGAUGCGGUUCUCAGCCUGACAUGAACGAUAUUUGGCGCCCAUACAUUGACGAAAACCAACAAGCCAACAAUUGGGAAUCUCCAUCGUUACUUCAUGAAGUGGCUCACGGAACGGUCACAAUUUGCACCAAAAUGGCCUCAAUACGCAAAGUUCUGCAAGUCAAAAGACACGCUAAUUUUUACAGUAUCCCUCGAGGAACCAAGCCUGACAUGAAGAAGCUAUAUGCUUUUGCAGCCAAAGCCAGAGACGAGCUUGAUCUCUGGCUGUCUGGAUUAUCAGAAAAUCUCUCUGUGGAUAUGAUAAAUAUCGGUCGCAUUCACCUUCCCCACGUGCUACAGCUACAUAUGCAAUUCCAUGCUGUUCGAAUUAUUGUAGAUCAGCCCUUCGCCUUCCAGCAACCUGGUCCAGGAGGUUUGACCGAGGAAAACAUAACCCACAGCAGGGAAUGCUGCCAUGAUGCCGCUCUUUCUAUCACCAAGCUUCUUCAGGCUAUUCGUCGCCACUUCACGCUCCGCCGAGUCAAUAUCCAGACCGUUCAUCUCAUAUUUACGGCAAUGCUGGUGCAUACUCAAAGCGCCUUCCUAUCCCCCGACUUCCAAAUCCGUGACACAGCACGAAGGCAGCUCGAAAUCUGCUCGCAGGCCCUAGGCGAGAUUGGCCAAGCUUACAAAAAUGCACUUCGAGCCUUGGAAGUGAUCACGUCUAUUAAAUCCGAACUCCUUCGCCAGGAAAAAAGGGAAUUUAUGAGUGGUCUUGGUGUUGUUGGUCAGUCGAGUUCUAUAAGCUCGAUGAUUGCGCUGGGGCAGAUUCCAUCGGGCUUGUUUGGUGUUGAACCCGGGGUACAGCAAUCAUGGAUGGAUAAUUUUAUGAACGAUUCGUUGUUCAAUCGUGAUGGGAGUGCGGCGGACAUUGACUUGGACCAGUGUGCUUCUAUGGGUGACCAAAUUUCUCUUUCCGGCCACUCUUCGUGGGCAUCAUGCGUUGAUUCCUCCGCUCCAUUGUCCCGUCAAUGA